AUUUUUUUUUUAAAUAUGUAUUUGAAAGUGUGUGUGUUGCUUAUGGCCAUUGGCCUGAGCCAAGCUAAUCCCCAAAACGAUUUGUCCGAAUAUCGCCUGAUGACGUUAAUGCUCGAGAACGCGAUUUCUAGGCAAGACCCACAAAGAAAGAACGAUUGCUUUAAUUACUAUUUGCCACUGAUAAAUGAAUUGGGUAUUCAGUAUCAAGCGGCCUACCAACACUGCUUGGAUGUUAGUGAACAAGCCCACGCGGAAGUCGAUGGUACCAUCCAAAAGGAUCGCACUCAAAUUGAUGAUGCUGCCAAAGAGAUCUGCGGAACUACUAGCACUUGCAGUGAGCAUACCAACUCAAUUGAAUUCUUCGAGUGCUACCGGAAUGCAAGUGUCGCUGGUGAAAAAUCCAUGCUAAAAAUCAAAGAAAAAUCGGUGGAUCUGUUGGCCGAGGUGCGUAAGCAAUACCGUUUAAUCGACGUCGAUCAAGACUUCUGUACCACCAAAGCGAGACGUGCCAAUAAAGAGCAGCUUGACAUAAUCUAUGCUGAGUUAGAAAAGUGCUUAAAGGGAUUCACCCCUGUGCCAACGACCACCACACCAGCUCCAUCCCCAGUUCCAACUGAUACGACAACUACGCCAGCUCCUGAUGUUCCUUUCAUAUGUCCCGUUUGUCCCCAAAUAUAAAGGGUUAAAAGUAACACACAAUAAACCUCUACACGAGGUAAAAGUCUAUUGACGAAAGCA